AUGAGCCAGUCAAUUCCGGUGACCCAGCACCCAGAAGCUUCAAGUGGUGGAGGAGGCCUCCAGCAGGCGUCAGGGCCACCAAGCGGUUCGACGGCAUCGAGCUUGACUCCAACCGCCUCGCCACUGAAACCAAACCCGCAGGCACAAAUAGUCGUCCUUCUCAUACACGGUCUGAACAGUUCCGAGUCCGCCUUCAUUGGACCAGAUGGGACCAGCUGGGCGACGGAACUCGACCAGCAGAUCGCACCCCUUAUUGGGAACAAGCAGGUCGAAAUCUUUCAGGUCGGAUGGCAAACCACGCCGAAAUCCCCGGCGAACAUCAGUUUGAACAUCACGGAUACAACACCAGGUCUGUUGGAUACCAUUUCUGCGAAAGUGCAGGGUCGAGCAUGGGUGGCUGUUGGCCACAGCAUGGGUGGCAUGGAGAUUCUGGCGGCCAUGGGAACAGCCUUUCAAGAAACCACCCAGCAGGGCGGAAACCCCAGGACAUCGGAUCCUCAACGACUGCAAGCCUGGAGAGUUCUGUUGGAUAGUUGUCUAGGCAUAUUUCGGCUCGCAUCCCCUGGCCAGGGUUCUCCUUGGGGGCUGUUUGGGUUGGCCAUAGCAAACGCACUUCCUCAUUGGAACCCCGACCAAGUCCGCGGCCUACUGAUCAACUCAGAGGAGUCAGAAGCCAUUACAGCGUCUUCCAACCUGUGGUUUGAAAGCCGCAAGACGGCCGGCCGUAUAGUCAACGUGUUCUCUGCACAGGAAACCAAACCAAUCGUCCCACUGACCGGCAAGGCAAGUUUAUCCCUCCUCCUCCUCAAGGAGAGGGGGAGAACACUGCUUCAGAAGAGGGCACCAGACUAA